UUUUGAAAUUAAAUUUAUGUUAAUUACAAUUGUAAUAAAUGGAAUAUAACAAGCUAUUGGAAAGUAUCGACACUGUUGGAUAUUCUGGAGUAUGUAUUGGAACUGAAAGAUCCCAGCUUCUGAAGAACUCGCUUCUACUUCUUGGAAAAGAAAAUAAUUUCGAUAAAAUUUAUUACUGGGGAAGAAUAAACGGCGUAGAGCGUGACUAUUAUAUCGCAUAUGGCCACAGUAAAGAUUAUUUAAGAAACCAAACAUAUUAUUACAGUUUUAAUUGUUUGGAUUGGUUACUGCUUCCGAAAGCGACAAAAACUGACAAAGUUAUAUCAAGCUUGCUGACGAAUUAUUUCCAAGGCGAUCCAUCCGUAAAGACGUCCGCUCAAGUUCCGGAUUUUUUUCUGUCCGAUGGAGAAACGUCGAAAUCGAUUGAAAACGGUGUAACUUCGUGUAAAAUCAAAGAAGAGGACCGACUGAGCGCUACAGUGGAUUUAAUAAACAAUGACUCAAUUAUUAUUCCACGCGGUAGCUGGAUAAAGCAUCCAAGCGGUGAUGUGGGAAAAAAUGCGGCCUUCACUGGUCUAAAUUUGAACGAAUGUCUCGAACUUAAAUCAUAUCUACAUGCGAGAUUGCCUCUGAGAAAAUCGGAUAUGAAUUUAAUCAAAAAACAAGACUACAAUUGUGCUCUAGAUUUUCUUGAUUCAAUUGACAUGGAUUUGUCAAAAGAGUGUUGGAGCUUACAGCUGCAUUUGAAAGACAAUUUAAUAAUAAUAAGAAAUUUAUAUUGGACUGGAAUGACAUUUUAUCAUAAAAUAAAUUCAUCAGAGUACGGAUCAAUUUAUGUCGGCGAUGGAAUAAAAAAUAAAUGCCUUGGAUUCAUGAUCUAGCGCAAGAAAUAAAUUGAUUGUUGUAAAAAUAAAUACAAUAGAAUAAAAAUGAGAUUAAUUAUGACAUGAUUGGAAAGCUCCAGAUCUUAUAUUCGCAGCAGCUGUUGAUAUACUUUGGUGUUGGAACAG